AUAGUGGUCAUUACAUCCAAAACGUUGUAAAAAAAUGGCAGCCGUAGAAAGCACUAGCAUGUCAUUAAUGCAGUCAGAAGAACCGCUUAAACUAUCUGAUUUAUUAGAUCGAGGAUGGAAACUAUAUGAGGAGGUGGACACCACAAAUGAUCCCAUCGCAGCCACCCAUAUCCAGGUCAAAAUCAAGCGUGGGAUAACGCAACUUGAAGUGGCAACGCGAAUGGUGGCCCAACUCGACUUGUUCAGCCGAAAUGAGGAUUUGGAGGAGGUAGCAACCACAGAUCUGAAGUAUCUUAUGUUGCCUGCCUUCCUGGGGGCUCUAACUAUGAAGCAAGUGAACCUGGCAAAACGACUAGACCACGUUCAGAUAGCUAGAUGUUACUUUUUGGACUUCUUGAAAAGAUGUAAGGAGUAUAACAUAUCAAAGUUUGAACUACCCAAAACCAUUGAAAACUCCGCUGACAUACCAGAAGAAGAAUCUGCAAAUGGGCCCCCCAAACCUCCAGACUUAAUUGCGAUGGCAACAGUUAGAGCUGCAAAGAUAGAUAGAUACAAACAGAGGAAGGACACAGAGGCCAAGCUAUCAGAGAUCAAGGCAGCAGUGGACAGUGGGCAGGCAGAUGACGAGAUAGUCCGAAACUUUUACCUCCUCAAUGUGAGGAAAUGGAUUGCUGUAGCCCUGGAGGAGAUUGAGAGCAUUGACCAGGAAAUGGAGAUUUUGACCAGGAUGGAUGUUCUAAAACAGAGUUCAGCAGAGCCAUUACACUCUAAAAGGCCUCCCAUGAAACCCUUCAUUCUCACCAGAGAUGCUGUUCAGGCCCGAGUAUUUGGGGCAGGCUACCCCAGCCUACCUACUAUGUCAGUGGAUGACUGGUAUGAACAGCACAGGAAGAAAAAUGCCUUGCCAGACCAGGGGAUCCCACGCAGCGCUGAGGACUUUGAUGCAGAAGAGCGAGAACAAGAAGAGAAAGAGAAGCGGGUUGAAAACGACGAUGAGGAGGCCUUGCAGAAAGCUAGAGACUGGGACAACUGGAAGGAUACGCAUCGGAGAGGCUAUGGGAACCGUAAAAACAUGGGCUAACAACCAUCAAACAAAGCAACAGUGCCAUGCCUGGUCUGCAGUGUUCAUCUACUCUCUGUCCCUCUGUAAUAAACAACAACGUUGCUGGUGUCUAUGGAAACAUGGUCUUUAAGAAAAGGGAGUUUUAUACAAUCCCAGACAGAAACUGUUUGUCUGUUUAUGGUCACUUUUUAUUCUGAUGCUGCAAAUCACGGCUGUAAUUGUGGCCGUAUCAGAGGAAAAUGAUUUAUUGGCAGCCAUUAAUAUUAUCUGCAGGUUCCAUACGAAUACACAACCAAGUAUUUCCACCAAGGCGUCGUCUGUCAAGAUGGUGCAGUGCUAUGCUUGAGAAGAUUAGUCAAGUGAAUUUGAUGAUCAAUUGAUUAACAGCUGUUCCCAAGCGGAUUCAUAUUUCCUGAGAGUAUCCAACAGUACUUAGACUUUUGUGAAGAACUCUACAGAGGUGGUAACAAUCUAUAGUUCCAAAAAACUGCUAUUGUAUAUUGUCAUCCACACUUAAUGUGUUUAGUGAUGGAAAAGGUAGCUUGUGUGCUUAUACAGUCUCCUAAAAUGUGGCUCUAUACUCCAGCAUUUUGGUUUUGAGAAGAAGAAAAAAAUCUGAUCAGGUGACAGUACAGAAUGUCACCUUUUGUUUUGAGGGUGUUUUAAUAGCUGUUUUACCGUUUAGAAAUUAAUUUGAAGUCCUACAUAUUUUUUGACAGAUUCACUUAGUGUAUUCAAAAGUUGAGUAUUUGGACCCAUUUUUACGUUUACAUUUGAAUCAUUUAGCAGACACACUUGUCCGGCGCGACUUAGUGCAUUCAACCACGUAUCGCAGACAAAGUAAGUACAUUUUUGUCAAAGUGUUGUUGUGCAGUUUGUUUUGAUUCUGUACUGUCGCCUAAUAUGAAACAUUCUCAACUAAAAUACUGGAGUAUAGAGCCAAGUUUAAAAUGGUUUGCUUCACUGUCAGAAUACAUAUGGAAUAUGUACAAUAUUAUUUCCUCUGAUUGAUGUCCAUUGUAACACUGAAUAAUGGGUUUGUGAUGCACUUAAUUACAGAGAUCCACUCCCUUUUCAUCUUGUUUUGCUGAAUAGCUUUUUGUUGUUAAAUAACUGCCUUGUGACAGCCAAUUUGCUCUUUUCUCAAAAUGUAUGGCUGACUCAUUUGAUUUCUUUCCCACCUCUUACACAUGUACAGUUUGAACAGGCACUGAUUUUGACAGACUUGGUGGAUUCCUUUGUCAGAGUUGAUAAUGAGUAGUGGUUGGUCUAUUUUUUUCAGAAUAGCAGGAAUUCUGUGUGCAAAACCUGCAUGGUUCCCAUUGUAACAAAUUAUUUGAGUGUUUUGUACGUUUCUCAUUGUUUCUUAAAAAAGUUGCUAGUGUAAAAAAAAUAUGGAUACAGUCCAGAAUAAAUAUGAUAAGCUGCUAUGGUCAAGUAAAUUGUUAUUGGCACACUGAUAUUCACACGCACAAAAUGUGCAUGAAUCAAAAUCAUAUAUAUUGAACAUGACUAAUAUUGCUCCCAUGUAACUUGAUAUGUGUCUUUUGGUGAAAGCAUCAAUUGUGAUCUGAAAAUGUAUUUCUGUUUCAAAGCCAAUUAAAUCAAUAUAUUGGA